GCCAAAAUACGAAAUCGUAGUUAGGUUAUCAACCACAUAAUAGUGCUAUUUCAAAUACUUAUCCAAUUCUAUUGAAAAAGGACGGACCUAUGUAACGUAAUCCAUCAAAAAAACAUUUUAUUUAAGAUAUUUUCUGUGAUACUUCUCUUUACAAAACACUCAAGAAUGUCAGAAAAUAUUGAAGACGAUUUGAAGGAGAAGAUUUUAAAUUUGGCUAAAAAGAAUCCUAAAGGUAUCACUGAUAAAGAUAUCACUGUAGCUAUACCAGAGCUCACAUCAUCUGAACUUGUUACUGCUAUUAACAAACUUCUACAACAGGGCUGUUUUGACUUGUAUAAUCAAGGAGGUUCACUUAUAUACAGAUUAAAAACUCAAGCAAACAAACAAGCAGUAAAAGGAGCAGAUAAUGAAGAAAAAGUAGUUUUUAAUCUAAUUGAAGAAGCGGGCAAUAAAGGCAUAUGGAUUCGGGAUAUAAGGAUUCGCUCUAACCUUGCUAACACACAACUUACUAAAGUUUUGAAAAGUCUUGAGAGUAAGAAGUUAAUCAAAGCUGUUAAAUGUGUUAAUGCAUCCAAAAAGAAAGUGUACAUGUUAUACAACUUGGAACCAGAUCGCUCAAUAUCUGGUGGAGCAUGGUAUCAAGAUCAAGAUUUUGAAUCUGAGUUUGUGGAUAUUUUAAACCGUCAAUGUCUUAGAUUCCUGCAACAAAGAGCUGAUAAAAUAAAGAAUAACCCUCGAGGCCCUAUAAUAGGACGAACUCAAUCAUAUGCAACUGCUUCUGAAGUACAAAAGUAUAUAACAGAUCUCGGAAUAAGUAAUGUGAAACUGGAAGUUGAGGAUGUAAUCACUAUAUUGAAUACUUUAGUCUAUGAUGGUAAAGCUGAAAGUAGUGUGUAUCCUGAUGGAAACAGAGUCUACCGUGCUAUAGAGUCCCUUAUACCUCCUCCAGGACUAGUACAAGUCCCAUGUGGCAUUUGCCCUUUAGUACUCAAGUGCUGCUCUACUGGACUUGUAACACCACAAGAAUGUACAUAUAUGACUGAAUGGCUAGAAUAGGUUUAAUAUUAUUAUAUUAUUUAUAAUCAUACAUUAUAUCUACUGAAACUAUGUAAUAUUUGAUAAUAAAAAGC